UGCUGCUGCUGCCUGACAAGCUUUGUAGGAAUGGACGCGUCUUCUGCUGCAACUCUGACAUCCUAAUAUAUAUAUAUAUAUUUAUAUAUAUGUAAAAGAACAUGCCAAGUAGGGCGCAUGCAAAGGUCGGCUUGAUCAGGCUGGUGGCCGACGAUGCUGAGGAUCAGGGGAUGAGGUUAUAAAAACGACAACAGACAAGGAGGAAAAAGCUGAAGAGGACGUUCUUUUUUUUUUUUUUCUUUUUUUUACCAGUAUACCCUGCUGCGUUAUAAGGCUCUGACUGACCCUUUCACGGAUUACGCUCUCAAAAACACCCACUUGCUCAUUUACCCCCUCCCCUCAUCACCAUGUCUUCUCACCUCAAUCCUCCCCUUUUGAUCCUCCCCUUUUUUCUUCUUGUCAUCUCCCUUUCCAUAACUUUCACCUCUACCACUUCUCCCUCCUCCUCCCUGCUCUCCUUUGCUCCUCCAGAGGGAGGUCUCACACAUUUGGUGGUCCACAACAAAACCGGAGAGGUUUAUCUGGGUGCGGUCAACUGGAUCUACAAGCUGUCUAGCAACCUCACCAAACUGCGAAGCCACGUAACCGGUCCUGUCACAGACAACCCUCGUUGUUACCCUCCACCGGGUGUCCAGUCCUGUCCCCACGAGCUGGUGCAGACCUCUAAUGUCAAUAAACUCCUGCUACUUGAUGCUGCCCACAACCGCUUAAUUGCAUGUGGGAGUACUUCCCAGGGAAUAUGCCAGUUCCUCCGUCUGGAUGAUUUAUUUAAGCUCGGCGAGCCGCACCAUCGUAAAGAGCAUUAUCUAUCCAGUGUUGCUGAGGCAGGAACCAUGUCGGGAGUGGUGAUCUCUCCAGAUAUUUUUGGUGGGGGUGGAAAACUUUUUGUUGGCACUCCGAUUGAUGGGAAAUCUGAGUACUUCCCCACGCUGUCGAGUCGCAAGCUGAUGUCUAAUGAGGAGAACGCUGACAUGUUCAGCUUUGUGUACCAGGACGAGUUUGUCUCUUCUCAGCUUAAGAUUCCUUCAGACACGCUGUCCAAGUUCCCAGCAUUUGACAUCUACUACAUCUAUGGCUUCAACAGUGAGCAGUUUGUGUAUUAUCUUACCCUGCAGCUGGACACCCAACUCACUUCACCAGAUGCAAGCAGCGAACAGUUUUUCACCUCGAAGAUUGUCCGCCUGUGUGUUGAUGAUCCUAAGUUCUACUCCUAUGUUGAAUUCCCCAUCGGCUGCACAAAGGAUGGAGUGGAGUACCGUUUGGUUCAGGAUGCUUAUUUGGCCCGGCCAGGAGCCCGUUUGGCACGGUCUCUUGGUAUUCAAGAGCGUGAGGAGGUUCUGUUCACUGUAUUUGCCCAGGGUCAGAAGAACAGAGCCAAGCCGCCCAAGGAGUCAGCUUUGUGUCUGUUCACAAUGAGGCAGAUAAAGGAGAAGAUUAAAGAGAGGAUUCAGUCGUGCUACAGAGGAGAGGGGAAACUCUCCCUGCCCUGGCUGCUCAACAAGGAGCUUGCCUGCAUAAAUUCGCCAUUGCAGAUAGACGAUAACUUCUGUGGCCAGGACUUCAACCAGCCUCUAGGGGGCACAACAGCCAUCGAAGGAAUCCCACUUUAUGUGGACAAGGAUGAUGGCAUGACCUCUGUUGCGGCCUAUGACUACAGAGGAAACACUGUUGUGUUCACAGGCACCCGCAGUGGACGCAUCAAGAAGAUCUUGGUAAACUCCAUUUCCCAGCCUGCUAUGUUGUAUGAGAAUGUGGAGGUGAGCGACGGGACCCCCAUCCUGAGAGAUCUGCUCUUCAGCCCCAAUCAUCAGUUCUUAUAUGCUCUCACUGAUAAGCAGGUCACUCGUGUACCAGUGGAGCGUUGUGAACAGUACACUUCCUGUAGUGACUGUCUAGGAUCAGGAGAUCCUCACUGUGGCUGGUGUGUGCUACAUAACAUAUGUUCAAGGAGGGAUCGCUGCGAGCGAGCAGAGGAGCCUCAGCGGUUCACCACCAGAGUGGAGCAAUGUGUCCAUCUUUCUGUCCACCCUGAGACUGUCUCUGUCACCAUGUCUGAAGUGCAGUUGGUGCUGCAGGCGCAGAAUGUACCCAGUCUGUCCGCUGGAGUGAACUGCUCUUUCGAGGACUAUGUAGAGACAGAAGGACGCAUCUACAGUGGAAGGAUCUUCUGCCUGUCUCCCUCUACAAAAGACAUUGCACCAAUCACACGAGACCAGGGUGACCAGCGCAUUAUAAGGUUGUAUCUCAAGUCAAAGGAGACGGGAAAGAAGUUUGCCAGCGUCUUUUUUGUCUUCUACAACUGCAGCGUCCACCAGUCGUGCCUGUCCUGCGUUAAUGCAAACUUCCCCUGCCACUGGUGCAAAUAUCGCCACAUGUGCACGCAGGACGCCAGCGACUGCUCCUUCCAGGAGGGCCGAGUCAACACUUCACAGGAGUGUCCUCAGAUCCUGCCUUCCACUCAGAUCUAUAUCCCUGCUGGGGUAAUGAGGCCGAUCACGCUGCUGGCUCAGAACCUUCCACAGCCUCAGUCCGGGCAGAGAAAUUACGAGUGCAUCUUCCACAUCCAGGGCAGCACGCACAGCGUUCCUGCUCUGAGGUUUAACAGCACAAGCAUACAGUGUCAGAAGACCACGUACGACUACGAGGGCAGCGAUAUCAGCGACCUGCCGGUUGACCUCUCUGUGGUGUGGAAUGGAAACUUUGUCAUUGAUAACCCUUUCAACAUUAAAGCCCACCUGUACAAGUGCAGGGCGUUACGGGACAGCUGCGGGAUGUGCCUGAAAGCUGACCCCAGGUUUGAAUGUGGUUGGUGCAUCCAAGAAAAGAAAUGCUCCCUGAGGCAAGAGUGUACUGGAGGAGGAAAUUCCCACCUGCCACUGCAGCUGGCUGAAGGUGGAGGGUGGAUGCAUGCCACAUCUGGAAACAGCCGUUGCACCCACCCUAAGAUCACUAAGUUAUUCCCUGAGACGGGGCCUCGUCAAGGGGGAACCAGGGUGACCAUCUGGGGGGAAAACCUGGGUCUGCAGUUCAGAGACAUCCAGAUGGGUGUCAAGUUGGGAAAGGUGCCCUGUGUGCCAAUCGAGGAGCAGUAUUUGAGUGCCGAGAGAAUAGUGUGUCUGCUGAACGAUGCUACCGGCUAUAGGGUCCAAGAAGCUCAGGUGGAGGUGUGUGUUAGAGACUGCAUCAACGACUACAGAGCCCUGUCGCCAAGGCCAUUCACCUUUGUGACUCCAUACUUCACUCGUAUCCAGCCAUCCCAGGGACCAAUCUCAGGUGGCACUCGGGUCACUAUUGAAGGAAGCUACCUGAAUGCUGGCAGCUAUGUGUCUGUUAGCAUCGGACCACAACCCUGCCACUUCAAAAGAAGAAACGCCCGUGAGAUAGUGUGUGUUACACCAGCUGGACUGGCACCAGGUACAUCAUCGGUCUUGGUAGACAUUGAUGAUGCUGAGCUCAGAAAUCCAGAAGUCAAAUUUAACUACACUGAAGACCCCACGGUCCUGAGAAUAGAACCUGACUGGAGUAUUGCCAGUGGUGGGACUCUGCUGACAGUGAGUGGGACCAACCUUGCAACCAUUCGAGAACCAAAGAUCCGGGCAAAGUAUGGGCAGGCAGAGUCCUUUCAUAACUGUACUGUGUACAACAACUCGGUCAUGGUGUGCCUCGCACCGUCAGUGGCCGAUUCAGAACUCGGUUUCUCUGAGACUGGCACCGGCCCAGAUGAGAUCGGGUUCUACAUGGAUAACGUCAAUGCUCUGGUGGUGGUCAAUGAGACAUUCAGCUACUACCCUGACCCUGUGUUUGAGCCGCUGAGUCCAUCUGGUGUGCUGGAGCUAAAACCCACAUCACCACUAAUUCUCAAGGGUCGUAACCUGAUCCCAGCGGCUCCAGGUAACAGUCGCCUCAACUACACGGUGCUGAUUGGAGAGACUCCCUGUAUCCUCACCCUGUCCGAGAGCCAGCUGUUGUGUGAAUGGCCCAACCUCACCGGACAACACAAAGUCACGAUCCGUGCUGGCGGAUUCGAGUAUUCCCCUGGAACUCUCCACAUCUACUCUGACAGCCUGUUAACGCUUCCUGCCAUCAUUGGUAUUGGAGGGGGAGGCGGUCUUCUCCUGUUGGUCAUCAUUGCUGUAUUGAUAGCCUACAAGAGGAAGUCAAGGGAUGCUGACCGCACUUUAAAACGUCUCCAACUCCAAAUGGAUAACUUGGAGUCCAGAGUGGCCCUGGAAUGUAAAGAAGCGUUUGCUGAGCUUCAGACAGACAUCCAUGAGUUAACCCAGGAGCUGGAUGGAGCAGGGAUUCCCUUCCUGGAUUACCGGACUUAUGCAAUGAGGGUCCUGUUCCCUGGAAUUGAGGACCAUCCUGUGCUCAAGGAGAUGGAGGUACGGGUCCAGGCAAAUGUUGAGAAGGCCCUCACACUGUUUGGCCAGCUACUGACCAAGAAGCACUUCUUGUUGACUUUCAUUCGAACCUUGGAGGCACAGAGGUCAUUUUCAAUGCGGGAUAGAGGCAAUGUGGCAUCAUUGAUCAUGACGGCCCUGCAGGGGGAGAUGGAGUACGCCACAGGGGUCCUGAAGCAGCUGCUGUCUGACCUGAUAGACAGAAACCUGGAGAGCAAAAACCACCCAAAACUCCUGCUCAGAAGAACGGAGUCGGUCGCUGAGAAGAUGCUGACCAACUGGUUUACUUUCCUCUUGUACAAGUUCCUCAAGGAGUGUGCUGGGGAGCCUCUGUUCAUGCUGUACUGUGCCAUGAAGCAGCAGAUGGAGAAGGGGCCCAUUGACGCCAUCACGGGAGAAGCCCGCUACUCCCUCAGUGAGGACAAGCUCAUCAGGCAGCAGAUUGACUACAAAACACUGACACUGCACUGUGUUAACCCAGAGAAUGAGAACGCCUCCGAGGUGACGGUCAAGUGUCUGAACUGUGACACCAUCACUCAGGUCAAAGAGAAGCUGCUCGAUGCUGUUUACAAAGGCAGCCCCUAUUCACAAAGGUCAAAGGCUUCUGAUAUGGACCUCGAAUGGCGUCAAGGAAGAAUGGCCAGAAUCAUUCUGCAGGAUGAAGAUGUCACAACUAAGAUUGACAAUGACUGGAAAAGACUCAACACGCUGGCUCAUUAUCAGGUAACAGACGGCUCGGUGAUUGCCCUGGUGCCAAAGCAGAACUCUGCCUAUAACAUCUCCAACUCCUCCACCUUCACAAAAAGCCUCAGCAGAUACGAGAGUAUGUUGAGGACGGCCAGUAGUCCGGAUAGUCUACGAUCCCGAACCCCAAUGAUCACACCUGAUCUGGAGAGUGGGACCAAACUGUGGCAUCUAGUGAAGAACCACGACCACUCCGACCAGAGAGAGGGUGACCGAGGCAGCAAGAUGGUGUCUGAGAUCUACCUGACCAGGCUGCUAGCCACAAAAGGUACAUUACAAAAGUUCGUAGACGAUCUUUUUGAGACUAUCUUCAGCACAGCUCACAGAGGCAGCGCGCUGCCACUGGCCAUCAAGUACAUGUUCGACUUCCUGGAUGAGCAAGCCGACAAGCACUCCAUCACAGACUAUGAUGUACGACACACCUGGAAGAGCAACUGCCUUCCUCUGAGGUUUUGGGUGAAUGUGAUCAAGAACCCCCAGUUUGUAUUUGACAUCCAUAAGAACAGUAUCACAGAUGCUUGCCUUUCUGUGGUGGCUCAGACCUUCAUGGACUCCUGUUCGACAUCUGAGCAUAAGCUGGGAAAAGACUCGCCUUCAAAUAAGCUUCUCUACGCUAAAGACAUCCCCAACUACAAGAACUGGGUAGAGAGAUAUUACUCCGACAUUUCCCGUAUGCCGGCAAUCAGCGAUCAGGACAUGAGUGCCUACCUAGCAGAGCAGUCUCGUCUCCACCUCAGCCAGUUCAACAGCAUGUCUGCACUGCAUGAGAUCUACACCUACAUCAUUAAAUACAAAGAUGAGAUCUUGUCGGCACUACAGAAGGAUGAACAGUCACGCAGACAGCGGCUACGUGGCAAGCUAGAGCAGGUCAUCGACACCAUGGCCCUGGCCAGCUGAGAACCGCCCAAUCACGUACCUCAGCUUGUGCCGAACUGGCCAACCAACACGCCUUCCCUGACAACCUUUGACACCCUGUGACAUUUGACCCUCGACGUUUAAAGUCUGUUGUUAUCACACUCACAAGCUACAACCUACAGCAGCGGAAAAGACUGCGAGGAAACAAGCACCCAGCAGCAGCAGCACACUGGAGAGACAGCAGCAUUUGGAACUAAGGCCUCAAAAGCCUCUUCCUUUUUUCCUCUCUUUUUGUUCUUCUCUGAGCCACCAACCGUACCAUAAUCGACCAAAUCAAAUGCACCCCCAGCCUCACACAGGUGACCAAAAACAUUUUUCGCUGGGGCAAAAAUGCUGCAGGAAAGGUAAAAGACACCAGUUUAUAUCUCUACACUUCUUAAGCGACAAUUCAGACUGUCAGCCUAUUAAAAAAAAGAAAAAGAAAAAAAAAGAAGAAAGAAUUCAGGAUAUUUUAUUGUUGUACUUGAUCUUCUGUUGCCAACCUCCCCAAGGAGGUCAAAGGUGAGGGACAGCUUCAGAGCAGCAGCCACAGAACUGAGACAGAGACGCUGCAGGGUGGCUGCUUGGCAACAAGCUGCUGCCGAUGCAAGAGGAAGAACUCUGCUGGAAAACUCUUCCUCUCAUACCCGUACCUGCUCUCCUGCUCUCGAGCAAGCAGUCAAACAAGGAACAGUGCCGCUUUCAUAACCCUGCAUUUGAUUUGUGUCAUUGCAUUUGAUUCUUUCUCUUCCCUUCCUGCCUACUCUCCCCAGUGCUGUGCCACUUGUGUUACUGCUGAAUUUGCACAACAAAGCUAAAUCAAAAGAGAGAAGAGGAUAUAUGAAUAUAUAUAUAUAUAUAGAUAUAUAAAUACAACUCUUUGUUUGUAAAACAGAUGAAAUUUGAAAAAAGGUUUUCCAUUUCAAUGUACAAAAGAUCCAUUUGAGAUUUGAUAUUUCCUAGAUGAAAAAUUAAGAAAACACAAGGAAAAAGUUGUCUUGUGCCAUGUUUUACUUUGAAUGUCGUUUAGUGCAAAAAACAAACAAAAAAAAAAACUUCUUUUCGUUAGAUAAAACGUGCUAUUAUAAAACUGUUGUCAUGCUUAGUGACUGAGAGUUUAAAAAUAGGUAAAUGGCAAAAAUAUAUAUAUAUAAUUCAGACACUUUCUAUGUUACAUGAGGUUUUGGGGCCAUUUUGUGCUACAUCUUUGGCUCUGAAGAUAGUAAAGACGAAUGAUGUCUGAAAGCCGCCUAUGAGCCAACCAACCUACAGUGCUUUGUGUUUGUUUUAGCGAAACCAAAUACAUAACGGUCAGCUGAUUUACAUGAGGCAAAGUCAUUUUAUGUGGGAGGAGAUUCCUGGAACACUUUUGCUUUACAUCUUCUUGAUCUCGUUUUUAAACCCUCACGUUUUGUCUGAAACUAUUUAUAAGGCGUUCCCUUCUAAAUGAAGGCUAAUUGAGCUGUGCAGAAGAAAGUGAAUCAGUGUUGUCCUUUUUUCUUUGUUUUUUUUUUUAGAUUUUAAGCCCACAGUGAAGACUGUAAAGCUAACAAGCGCAUUUUUGCAAUGUGAAUGUGUUUUUUGAAAAGAUAAUGAAAUGUAGCUUGACAUUUGUGAGUGUUUUUGUACAGGUUGAAGGCCUUUCUCUCUUUGUGUUCUGUGGUUUUAUAGGAGGUAAAAAGAAAAAGAAAAUUUUCAAGAUGUUUUCCUGCCACAGUCUGCUGCACCACAUUAACUUUCAGUACUUGGAAAAAUCAUAGAUCCUUUUACAUUAUGCUUCCCUACAUGUGUACAAGGCUUCUUUGGAGGGCUGGAAAAAUAGGCAUAUGAUUGAAACUAUAAAAACGACUCAACCAUCCUGUAAAAGUUCAUCAUGAGUUACAGAGCACCAGACUAGGUAUAUACACCAUCAGAUCACAUGGAUGUGUUAAACAAACAUAUGGCUCCUAUUUAUAAAAAUAAAAUCUAGAGUUCAGUGUAUCACAUGCGCCUUUUUAAACGAUAUAACUUUUAAGGAAACGAUACCAAUACCUCAACAACAAUUAUUUUUCUUCCUCUUCUGCAGUGCUUCCCCUCAGAUUUGUUCUCUGUGGUGGAGUGUAAAGACCUUGGCAUUAAAAAUUGUAAUAGCUGCUUCAUGGACGAUGCAGAUUAAGGAUAAAAGGUUUUAAUUAAAUUGGAUUUAUGUAAUCCAGCAUCUGUUUCCAGCUGUCCAACAAACCCAUUUUUUGUAAAUGGAUGCCAAGCGGACGUUAUUUUUUGUUUGUUUGUUUGUUUGUUUUUUGGGGGGGGGGGGUAUUUUUAAAAAAAUGUCCAUGUCUAUGUGGAGCCUAAAAAAAACUACAUAUCACAUUUUUAAGUAUAGCAUUCAUUUGAAUGAUAACCUGAAUUAUCUGAGAGGUAUUGGUACAGUAUGUCCAAUCCUAAUAGCUGCAAUUUACUGGUUAAAAAAAUGCAGUAUGCUCUAUUAGUUUGUAUUCACACCUACAUAGAAAUGAACAUUUAGAGCUCUCAUGCUGAUAUUAAUCUUCCAUUCAAGCCAUUCAUCUGACAGCACAUAAAUGUGUCCCAAGACAUACUGAACUGUUCUGUAUGUGCUUCAAUACUUGAACCACUUAUCUACACAGGGUAAAACAACAUGCAGAGCAAGCUGGCCAAAGCCUUUUCCAUCCACAUCAUGAGAACAACUCUGAGAAGAGAUUAUCGUGAACAUCUGCUUUUCAGUUCUUCCUAAAAAAAAAAAAACAAACAAAAAAAAAAAAAAUUCCUUGCUUAAAGUAUUUUGUGUUUGUAUUUUUUCGUGUGUGGUGAAAUUUAGGCAAGAUUACUUCCAUGUACAGGCACUCAUUAACAUGACUUAAACUGUGUGAGGAUGUGGACCACUGCUUUCAUGUCACUUGUUCUUCUGAUGAAAACUUGUAGACUAUUUUGGUGAUUUAGAAAGAUUAAUGGAGCUUCCCCCUUGAUUCAAUUUGUGGGGAGGGAAGAAAAAAAAAGUAAAAAGAAAAAAAAAAAGCAACAUGGCAAGAUAGGAUCGACUUGGUCUCUGAUGCUUUUGUUUCUUACAUUUCUUCUUGUUUUCUGCCAUAAAAAAAAUCAUGGAAGGCAGAGGAAAUGCUUUGAAGGCUAUGGUACCUUUUCAUUUUGUAUUCCCUCACAUCUGAGGAGUUUCUUUUUCUUUGUGGAGACAAAAACAAACGGUUAAGGAGAAGGGUGGAGGGAGAGAUUCUCUUGACGACAGCAUAUAAGCGUUCAAUGUGCCUUGUCGGCCUUUUUCUGCAUAGAAAAUGAUUGCAUCUUUGUUGCAUACAUAAAAGAGUAUGAUUCAAGUUCAAAUAUUCCAUCAGAAAAUGGACAAAGAAACCAUUUUUACUAUGUGAUCUUAAAAGAGUAAUACAAUAUUUUAUGAAAUAUUCUAAAUUCUUUUCCACAAUGAGAUUAUAAGACUGGUGCAGUUUGUGCUUUUAUGUCUGGUGCUCACAGACAUGUUUAGCCUAGUUUAAAACAAACAAGUUCAGAGUCUUGCCCUUUAAGUCUAGAAAAAUAUGCCCACAGAAUCUUUAAAAGCUGCUUAAAUUAUGUCUUGUGCGUUUACCAUUUCCUACAAGAAAGAGUAAACACAAUGUUUUUUAAGGAAGUGAAACAUGCUGGAAUUACUGUAUGAUGUGUGUAGUAAACAAUAAGUAAAAAAAAAAUUCUUCUAAGAAACAAUCCACACGUUCAACUGACUUCAAUCCACGUGACUCAUGUUCCUCAGUUCUUCUCAAUCUUUGCAAACUUUGUUUAGUUUUAUUUUAACCCUUCAGUUUCAUCAUUUACUGGGUUUUGGUUAGAAAACAUCAGACAGACAUAUACAGUACAAAUGACAUAAAAUGAAGUACCGGUAUUUAAAGAAACUUCCAUAAAGGUAUAAAAGCUGUAGUUAGCAUCACCAAAGCACUAGCUAUUUGUGUCUGCUGCAAUAAAAUGUAUUUUACUGAUUAUUUCAUCAUUUGCCAUUCUAUCAAAUUAGAACAAAACUUUGAUCCUCUAGACAUAAAUUCAUUUUUCUACUAUUGAAACACAAACAGUUUAAAGGUUUUUAACUUCCCAUUACGAUGUGUAGUGUCUGUUCCUGCCAUCACUAAGACUAAAUGGUAAAAAGAGCUUUUAACUACAUUCACUGUCCACUUGAUCUAAACUACUCUCAUAUCUGUCCAUCACAUGUGAAAACAGUUUAAAUAAGUUUAGCAUUAAAGAGUGGAGGGAGAGGUAAAAAGAUACCUUAUUUCAGCUGAUGAUUAACAUGACACUUAUUUUGUUUUUGAACAGAGACCCAUCGGCAGAGUCCCCUUCCAUCUAGGUUUUUGACAACAGUGGCACUGUCGUGUUCCUCUAUUUAAACAAAAACAUUGCCAAUUAGUACUUAUUCUAAAUUUGAGAUAAUUAUAGAAACAAAACAAAACAUCCAAAUUACAUUACGUUUAUAGUGGAGUGCAAAAUAAAGUAAAGGUUUAUGAUUUUCUUUUUCUUUUUUUCAACUCAUUUCAAGGCACUUUUAAUGUAAUCCAAUUAUAAUACAAUUGAAUCAAAUUGAUUAAAAUCUACAUUAGUCAAAUUAAUAAGAGCCAUGUUUAUAUAAGUUUAUGAAAAGCUGUCUUGCUAAGGAAACCAACAAAUCAGAUUUGAUUUAAUCCCCUAAUCAUGAUUAUGACACCAUAUUGGGUGAAUACUAUGAAAAUUGAUAUGAAUAAUUAAGGAUAUCACCUCUCCUAGGCUACUGAAAUGUCGCUUGUACGUCACUUCC